CUGUCUGUAGUUUGGCUGUGGAAUUACCAUUCUCCGUUUGUUUACGCAUGGUUAGGCCUAAUUAAUAAUGCCGCAACAGUAUAAUUUAUUUACAUCAAGAUAUCAGUGGCGAUUCAUUGGACACGCGCUUCGCCCACUGGCGCUCCAUGUCAAACAAGGAAGUGGGAAUACAAAAACAAAGUGACACGAGUGUUGCAGAAGUGAGUUGAUGUUGCAGCAGGCAAGCAAUUCAGUUGUGAUUCCUUGUCGGGCGUCAUUACAAUCCAUAGCAUAGACUUCUCCUGCUACGACUGCGUUAUGACAAUUACUUGGCAAGUAUUAUCUAGUUGAACAGCGUUUGUGGUGCUUGUUUGGGUUGCUUUGAUGUGGAACUCACUUCUGCUAGCUAGCUAGCGUUAGCUAAAUCACUUAUUUGUGAUAACCUCGGGCUGUCAGAUCCCACGGUGUAGCAUCAAGGGCUGCUAUCUCACUUUGUGGUGGACCACCGUCACGCGAAGAAAACGCAGACUUCCAGAAAAUCACAUCUACAAUGGAUGUCUUUGAUGAAGAGCGAGCGCCGCUGCCGAGGAACAUGAUCGAGAACAGCCUGUUUGAAGAGGAGCCCGACGUGGUGGACUUGGCGGCACCCCCCAAGGAGGCCACCCCCGCCUCCUCCUCCACCUCCUCCUCCUUCCCCCUGGACCCGGACGACGUGGUGUACGAGCCGCGCAGCUCGCGGCUCCUGGUGCGAGGCCUGGGCGAGAUGAACGACGGCGAGGACGAGGAGGAGGACUACGAGUCGUCGGCACGGCUACUGGGCAUGUCCUUCAUGAACCGCAGCAGCUCCUCCAGCCAGAGGCCGCCCAACCAGCGUGCGCCCUACAGCCGUCAGUCGGGGGUGGGCGGCUUCUGCUCCAUGCCCUCGCUGCGCACCAUGGUGGCGGGCGUCUUCAUCCUGGUCCUGGUGGCCUCCCUCGUCAUGGUCCUCUACUUCCUGCCCGGCUGCACCUUCACGCGAGACGGCUGCAAGAAGACCAACGGCUCGUCGUCGCAGGACAGCGUCUACCCCAUCUCCGCAGACGGGCGGCCGUUCCCCUGGGCGAGCCUGCGGCUGCCGUCCGCGGUGGCGCCGGACCACUACGACCUUCUGAUCCAGCCAAACCUCACCAGCAUGACCUUCAAGGGCUCGGUGACCAUCGGCAUGACCGUGCAGGAGGACACGGAGGUGCUGGUGUUGCACAGCGCUGACAUCUCCAUCAGCAAAGCCACCUUCCAGGAGCAGGACGUGAAGCCGAUGGAGUACAAGCCCUGGCAGCAGCUGGCCAUCAAGCUCCCGCAGCAGCUGAAGAAGGGCCAGAAGUGCAAGCUGACGCUGGAGUACUCCGCACACCUCUCCAACAGCUACGACGGCUUCUACAACAGCUCCUACGUGGACACCACCGGCACCAAACGAGUUCUGGCUGCGACCCAGUUCGAGCCUUUGGCUGCCCGCAAGGCUUUCCCUUGCUUUGACGAGCCAGCCUUCAAAGCCACGUUCUCUGUGAAGAUAAAACGCGAGGCUGACUACAUCAGCUUAUCAAACAUGCCCAAGGCUCGAACGACUCAGGAAGACGGACUCCUGCUGGACGAGUUUGAGGAGAGCGUGACCAUGAGCACUUACCUGGUGGCCUUCGUCGUGGCCAACCUGGGCACUGUGACGCGCAACGUCAGCGGAACACAGGUGUCGGUGUAUGCGGUGCCAGAUAAGCAGGACCAGGUGCAGUACGCUCUGGACUGCGCGGCGGAGCUGCUCCAGUACUACAACCAUUUCUUCGACAUCGAUUACCCCCUGAAGAAAUUAGACAUGGUGGCGAUUCCGGACUUCCUGGCGGGAGCCAUGGAGAACUGGGGCCUCAUCACCUUCCGGGAAACCACACUGCUGGUGGGCAACCACUCCUCACCGCUCGACAAGCAGCUGGUCACCUCCGUCAUCGCGCACGAGAUCGCACAUCAGUGGUUUGGUAACCUGGUCACUAUGAAAUGGUGGAAUGACUUGUGGCUGAAUGAAGGUUUCGCUACGUACAUGCAGUAUACGUCCAUUGAGAAGCUAUUUCCUCAGCUUGACAUUGACAAUGAGUUCCUCAGCAUUCGCUUCCGAGCGCUGGCCAAAGACUCCCUGAACUCCUCCCAUCCUGUCUCUGCGGUGGUGAAAACCCCCGAGCAAGUGGAGGAAAUGUUUGACUCGGUGUCCUACGAGAAGGGUGCCUCAAUCUUGCUCAUGGUCAAUUCCACUCUGAACGAUGGAGAGUUCCGGAAGGGAGUGAUCGAGUACCUCAAGAAGUACAAAGGAAGUAACACAGUCAAUGAAGACCUGUGGAACAGUCUCUCUGCGGUGAGUAAGCUCCCCAUCAGCGUGGCCGAGAUGAUGAACACGUGGACUCUACAGAAGGGCUUCCCCCUGGUCACCGUGAGCCGAGCGGGAAACACGCUCACACUCACACAGGAACACUUCCUCCUAGACGCCACCGGCAAUGCCACCUCCAAGAACCAGUGGCAUAUACCUCUGACCUAUGUCAACGACACCUGCAGCGUAGCCAGGAACUGCAAGCAAGUCUUUCUACUGAAGGAUAAAUCAGCCAAACUGGAGGUCCCUGCUGCUGUCAAGUGGCUGAAAUUCAACUACAAGAACGAGGGCUUCUACAUUGUGGACUAUGGGGCGGACGGCUGGAGCGCGCUCGUCGAGGCCCUGCAGCAAGACGUGAACGCCCUGACUCAUGAGGACAGGGCUGCUCUCGUCAACAACAUCUUCAUGCUGUCCAGGCUGGGCAAGGUGACGUUUCGGCAGGUUCUGAGCGUACUGUCCUACAUGUCCAAGGAGACGCAGACGGCUCCGCUCACGGAGGCCCUGACGCAGCUCAUGCACAUCCUGCGCAUGCUGGAGAAGAGGCAGGACCUCUUCCUCGUCAACAGGAUGCAGGCUUACAUCAUCGACCAUUUUGGUGAUCUGAUGGAUAGCCAGUCGUGGGAAGAGGAGAGCUCGGUGGCCAAGCAAACCCUCCGCUCGGCGCUGCUGGAGAUCUCCUGUGGCCUCCACAGACCCAACUGCACGGAGAAGGCCAUGGGGGUCUUCCAGACUUGGGUGGCCUCCAAUGGGACGUACCGCAUCCCAGGUGACCUGAUGAGGGUGGUGUUCUCGGUGGCUGCCCAGACGGAGGACGGCUGGAGCAAAGUGCUGCAGGCCUACACACUCUCCAUCUACGACCUGGACAAACGCCGCAUGCUGGAGGCCUUAGCCAGCACGCAAGAUGUCUCCCAUAUCGUUUGGAUCCUCCAGGCUGGCCUGAGAGGGAGUGAUGUCCAGAACCAGGAGCUGCCUCUGGUCAUCAGCACCGUGGCCAAGGGCUUCGCCGGGUACCUCUACGCAUGGAACUUUGUCAAGGAGAACUGGGCAAAGAUCACACAGAAGUUCCCCAUUGGCUCCUUUGCCAUUCAGAACAUCAUUGUGUCCACAACCUCCCAGUUUUCCACUAAGCUGCAGCUUCUCGAGCUCCAGAAUUUCUUCAGCUCGCUGAAGGACAAGGGGUCCCAGAUGAGGACGGUGGAGGAAGCGGCCGAGACCGUCAAGCUCAACAUGCUGUGGAUGGACGAGAACCUAGACGCGCUCCGAAAAUGGCUGUAGAGAGAGAGAGAGAGAGAGAGAGAGACACAGAGAGAGAGCGAGAGAGAGACAGAGAGAGAGGGAGCGGGAGAGGGAGAGAGAGAGCAAGCGAGCAGGGGUUCAGCCUUUUAUUUGCUCUUCCCUUCCCUCUACAAGACUCAUUCUCUCUACCCCAAGAUGCGCUCUGAAAAUGUGGAGACGGAACGAACGACCAAGCAGGAGUUCAUCUGCUCUAUCCUUCCCUUCUCCUCCCUGCAAGAUGACGACACCCUAUCCAGAUCAGACAAAUUGUGAGGGUGGGGAUUCAGCUUUUUCCAGCAGCUCUUUCCUGCCCAGUACAAAACCACUCCACCACCUCCUCCAUCACCAGAAAAAACCUACACACACACACACACACACACACACACACACACACACACACACACACACACACACACACACACACACACACACCUCCGAAAACUGAAGAGAGAGCGAAAUGGGAAUGCGGCAACUCUUCUCUUCCCUCUUCAACCCUCUCCAUCACUGGAAGACACACACGCACACGCACACGCACACGCACACGCACACACACUCCUAUAUGUCCUCCAGGUGACGUUGUUGCCAGAUCACCUGGACCUGAACCCACUCCUUCACAGCAGCAGUGCCGUUGUUUGCACUAGUAGGACUUGCCUCUUGCUCAGGGCUACCCGCGAUGAUUGUAUUAUGUCCACGACACAUAUGACACGGACAGAAACAAAAGAGGCAAUUUUUUUCUGAGGGAUAACUCUCCGUUUUUGUUCUCUGCGAGUCUUUUUUUGUUUUCUAAACCAAACAACCGUGGCAGACAGAAGAGAGAAGAAUAAUAAGCCUUUUUGUGGAUGGGUGUGUGUAACGAACUGGACACACAAAACACCCGCAGACAUGGCUUUGAAGAUGCUUGAGUUUGCAAAUCAUCAGGCGGAGCAUUGGACGCUAACUAGCGGCAGGAAGUAGUGACCUGUAGUUGUCGCCUUUCCACGUUGUGGACAUGCGACACAUAACGUGACACUGUGGUCUACGUCAAUGUCCUCUUUGUCCAGAGUUGUAGAAGUUAAAAUACUCUUACAUAUGUAAUUACAGGGCUAGUGGUAUGAUAUUACACAGUUCGAACUUUGUAAUAUCAUGCUACUGGUGUGGUAAUUACAUCUGUUAGAGUACUUCUACUUCUACUUUAUACAACUCUGCCUUUGUCCUCACUGCCUUCUAUUCCGACUUCCGGGGCUUCUUGUAUGCAAAUAGAGGUAAAAGGAAAUCCUUCAAGCUACAAGCAUAGUCCUCGCACACACUCAAGGUUGCACAAAACUCCUCUGUCACCGUAACCAUGUGUAUGUAUAUAGUGUAUAUAUAUACUUACUUGCCUUAGCAGUUUCCCCCCUCUGUUACAUGCUGUGCAUUGGCAAAUUGAACUGUUUGUUUGUUUGUUUGUUUGUUUGUUUGUUUGUUUAUUUUCAUUUAUGUAUAUAGUUAUGUGUGAAGCUAUUCGAGGAAGGGGCUGCACAUACUAGUCGACUUAAUUGUAUGCAUACACGGCCGCAAGGCUACACAUGGUUUCAGCCGCCAUUAUGUGUCAAUGUGUUGCAAAAUGUCUCCUGCAUUUUUUUUAAUACUUGACGCGUGUUUCAUGCAUUGCCUUCGGUGGCAAUGCUUGUGUUGCUAGAAAAGGAACCCGACAUGUACGCGUGUUAUAUUUUAAGCUAACUUACAUUGUUCACAUUAGCGCCGUUUAUACUGUAGGCCAUUUGCCUCGAAACUUUAGCCCAGGAACUUGAGCCUAGCUCCUGUACCCGUUUAUACUGCAUAGGCUACGCCAGAACUAGACCAAACCAAGAACGUUGUUGUCUACGUACGUAAAGGUAACAGGCCCAGAGGCCCUCCUCAACUGGCAGGGUCACCAGUAAGCCCUGGUGCUUACAGGUCAUUUUUGAAACGGUUACCCCGGCUACCAUUCUAAUUUGAACGUUCAGUUAGCCUGCAGUAUAAACGCAAACUCUAGCCCUGGGCUUAAGUUCCUUGGCUUAAGUUCCUGGGCCAAUGGCCCGCAGUAUAAAUGGGGCUUACCGUAUGACUAUGUAAGGCCCCCAAUGUCACCUGGUUUCAGGGACAGUCACGCACAGGGCUUUAACCGCAGAGAUACACCAGCGGCGACGCGAUUCAAGCGACAGAGUGUAGCAGCAAGCGAUACGAGAGAUUGAGGAGACUAGAGUAUGUCCGUACAGGCAGAAGGCAAAGCAUUCAAGCAUUCCCAUUGGCUGUGGUCACUGACCUCUCUACAGUCAUUGGCUGUCGCGGCUUGUCGCCGAACCGCGUCAUAGAAAGUUGAAAAGAUUUCAACUUCAAAUUGUCGCGCUUGUCGCGCAAAUCGCUCUAGUCUCCAGAAUCGCUUUUGUCUCUCGACUCAAUACAAAGUCAAUUACUUCCGUCGCUCGACUCGCUCAGAUCGCCGCUGGUGUAUCUCUGCGGUAACUUUUCACCUUUGACCUUUGACAUGGGACACAAUGACGGCAAUGACAGCCACAGGGAAUGCACUUUUAAAAAAUAUCAAUCAUAUCUGAGAUGGGAAACUUGGACGAUAUAGGAUUUUGUGUUUUGUUUUUCUUUAUCCCUUUGGGUUUUACAACAUAGACUGCAGAGCAUGGCUCUUGUGGUCUCGAAGUUUUGAAGCUCAUUUUGCUAAUUAAGGCUAAUGCUGGCACGAUAACCUUUUAUUUUUACUUGAGUGAUGUGCCCGCUAAACUGCCAGCAUGUUUCUUGUUCCCAUGUGAAUCAGGGAUGCAUGGGUGUUCAGGGGAAAAUGCCGCAGACGUGCAGCUACAGUCUCGAGUGUCUCAUGGAUACACCUCCUGACCCCUUUACAGCCUAAAUAAGUCGUUUGGAUCCACACUAUUUUAUGAUGUCUCUCAAACAGCUUUCUUUGCAGUGUGUUACAUGACUCAAGUGGUGUUGAGACUGACGAGAUACUCUUGAAUACAAGAAUGCACAGAUGAAUAUAGUAGUAUAGUAAUGGGGAAUCAUUACUAAGAAUCCAGUGCCACAUAUUCCAAAUGACCUGGUUUUUACCUGCCCAAAUCUACCAGGUGGUGGGUAACCUGGUUGAAUGAUCACCUGAGUGAAUUGGACAGGUUGCCCAUUACUGAGACGGCACAUAAGCUGCUGCGCUCGCUGGUAUAUGUUGUCAGCCAGAUCAUUUUGACAUUUUACUGACAGUAGCCUUGGCAGAUGUUCUUUCAUUAUGAUUGACACAUGAAAACUACACUAGCUUGGUGCAGUGUUAUUUGCAAGUGGGCCCAUUGAGACAUGGAUGUAUUCUAAGGGCUCAAAAUUAUAUAUAUUAUUUUUCCAUUAUGAAGAAUUGUGAGUCCAUGUCACUGAAGAGUACGUAGUAUACCAAAUUCACAAUAGUAUUGUUAUUGUAAACAGCAGUAUAUAGGAUUACUAUUGGCCCACAUUUCUGAGGUGAUAUAUACAUUGUUACUUGAAGAUGGUGAGUUUGGCUUAUUGCAUAAGCCAGCAGUCACAUGAAUAUGAAUGUCUAUGAGUUACACAAACGAGAGACGAGUGAAGCGUUAUUUAAUAUAUUACAAUUCUGGCAUUAUAAUUUGCACUGUGCUCAUUAAUCAAAUUCCCAUGUGCAAUGACGCAGCAUUAUGAUCAAUUAGAAUAAUGUCCUUGAUUACUGACCCAGAGUCGUUUUUACACACAGAGAAUAUUAGGUAACACUUUAUUUUAGGGUUCAUAUGUUCUGUAUUAAUACAGAUCUAACUCAGUAUAAGGGAUUUCUAAGACGUGUCAACCAAAAUCUAUAAUUUCUUAGGCGUGUACUCACAAGUGUCUUGUUAUUUUCUGGUAAGGCCUUUAUUAUGGUCAGGAUCAUAUUAAGGACCUAGUAGACCCUGGAGUUCAACAAACGUUUUAUGAAUCACUGAUGCAGACAGCAAUCAGCCAUGUACUGUAUAUAGUGGCUAACAUGUAAACCCUAAAAUAAGGUGUCACCGAAUAUUACGUGUGUGCAGUAGCCCUUGGUGUUCAGUAAGCUCUGGACUAUUUGUCUGUUUCAUAGGUCAAUUAGGAGACUAACCUUUGGCAAACUAGUUAUUUCAAGUAGCCUAUAGGACAUGAACAUUUUCUUUUCUUUGUGUGAUGUUGAAUUUCACAUGUAUAAGCCACUACUUUCUUGCUUUGAUGUGCUCUACCGAUACACCCUUUAUAGACGCAUGUUUGUGUCAAACAGUACUUGAAGAACCAGCAGUUCAGAAGGUUGCUUUCCAUUGCGUUUGAACGUUGCUUUCCAUAGUGUUUGAUUGUUGACUAACAAAGUGUGGUAAUCUGUCUUCUGAGGGGUAUGGUGGGACUUCUGAAGUUGGCCCAUAAGUGAAGCAAGCCGGGUCACCAGAGCCAUAAGCCAUAACUGACCAGAGCGAGAGAUGAUUGGAGUGAGUUAGAGUGGUGGGCCAGAGAGAGAGUGAGAGAGAGACGUGAGGGAGCGAUCGGGCAGGAGAGUCAGAGAGACACACAGGAGAGAAAGAAGUGAGUGAGAGUAACUGGGGUAGAGGGUGAGACUAAACUUGCCGGAGUUGUACAGUACAGCUGAGCUGGGUCUCAGCUGAGAGAGGAGUCUCCUGCUUGUCUCUCUAAGAGGGUUAGUCUCUCCCUAGGCUGACAGGACUGUUACACUCAUUGACCGAUACUGUAAAUACAGUGACUGCACAUUACAUGUAGGAGCCACUUGUUUUGUUCUCGUUCCAUGCACAUAUAUGGUGAAUUCAGGUAAAUUGGGCCACGUUUUGUUUUCCAUAUGUGAAUGGCCCAAUUUACCUGAAUUCACCAUACCAUGUGACCUCCAUGUGACUUCCAAGACGUUUAGACCAGAAUCUUGCCAGGAGCAACCAUGGUGCGUUCAAGAAAGCGUGGUACAAAAUCAGUGGCCCCUCUUGUACAAGGACACAGUGCAGUCAUUGAUUUAAUGUAUCAGUCAACAGUUACACUGUCCUUCCUGGGAGGUGAAGGGGAUGAGACAUCUUUAUGUGAGAGAUUCCUGACAGUUUUUCCUUUUUCCUUAUGGGAUGUCAAUCAGGUGGGUGGGGUCAUGCAGUGCUUACACAUCUUAAGCCACACCCCUAAUUCUAAGUGUUUUCUAUUGUACAUAAAGCACCUAUAUGUUUUAAUACAGAAGUGAAAGUCUACAUUGUAUUUAAAGAAGAUCAUCUAUGUAUUUUGAGAGAUUCCAGUUAUUUAUCGGCAACAUGUUUGGUCUGUUAGCCUUGUUUUCUUAUAGAUGCCCAUGGGAUGUCUGAUUUUUAUCUUGUUUUUUUUGUUUUGUUUGUUUUUUUGUUUGCUUUUUAAAGGGGCACUUUAAAGGUCAUAGUUGAACAUUUUAAAUUGUGAAAUAUAUGAAAACAUGCAUUCAGUGAAGUGGAGUUACUAUACAUAACAAAAGAUCUUAUUUUAAUGACCAUCUGCAUAAAAUAAUUGCAACAUGGGGAAAACAGUAAAAUGAACUUCAAAUGCCAUCAAUUUGUACUUUUGUACAUAAGUCAGCCUUUGUUUAAGAAUAUACAAAAUAGAGUGAAACCUCUGGUCUCUCCUUAUAAAACAAAAUGUUAUUAAAGUUAUUUUCCAACAUC